AUGGAACAAAAAACCACCGGAAGGGGGCGCCCUCCCGCUCGAAGCGGAACUCAAAACCACCAGGAGGGGGCGCCCGCCCGCCCUCCCGCCCGAAAUGGAACAAAAAACCACCGGGAGGGGGUGCCCGCCCGCCCGCCCGAAACGGACCUCAAAACCACCGGGAGGGGGCGCCCGCCCCCUCGAAACGGACCUCAAAACCACCGGGAGGGGGCGCCCGCCCUCCCUCCCGCCCGAAAUAGAACAAAAAAGCACCGGGAGGGGGCGCCCUCCCGCCCGCCCUCCCGCGGGUCGGCGGGGCCCGUCGGGGGUGCGGGGGAGGUUCCCGCCGGAGUGAGUCCCGCUCCCGGAGCAGAUUGGGGGCGCGGUGAGAGCAGCCGAUCUCCGACCGCCGAGAAGACUCGAACCUCCGGCGGCUGCGCGGCCUGCGGCCCGCGGAUUGCGGAGGCGGAGGCAGGAAGAGGGCCCGCCGAGGGGGCGGCCCUGGGAAGAGCCGUCGGCCGGGGGCGCCAGAGAGCCGGAGGCCUGACCGGGGACCGGGACCGGACGGGCCCGGGGGAGGAGGGGCGGGGCCCGGGGGAUCGGGGAACUGGGGGCCCGGGCGGCCGGACGGACGGAGGGCCGGCCCUUGGCCCUUGGCCCUUCUCCCUUCCCCAGCCGGACAGACGGACGGCCGGACGGACGGCCGGCAGGCAGGCAGGGGCAGGGGCCCGGGCCCGGGCCGCCUCGACGCCACACAGAGACCCUCAGAGACCUCCUCAGGGAUCCCCCCCCAGAGACCCUCGGGGACCCUCAGGGACCCCCCCAGAGACCCUCAGGGGACCCUCUGGGCCCCCCACCAGAGACCCAAGGGGACCCCCCCCAGAGACCCUCGGGGACCCCAACCAGAGACCCAAGGGGAUCCUCAGGGCCCCCCACCAGAGACCCAAGGGGACCCUCAGGGGCCCCCCCGAGACCCUUGGGGACCCUCAGGGGCCCCCCCAAGAGACCCUCGGGGGCCCUCAGGGACCCCCCAGAGGCCCUCAGGGACCCCCCCCCGAGACCCUCGGACCCCCUCAGGGGCCCCCCAAGAGACCUUCGGGGACCCUCAGGGGCCCCCCCAGGGACCUUCGGGGACCCUCAGGGGCCCCCCAGGAGACCCUCAGGCCCCCCCAGGGACCCCUCAGGAACCCCCCCGAGACUCUAGGGGACCCUCAGGGCCCCCCCCAGAGACCCUCGGGGACCUGCAGGGGCCCCCCCAGAGACCCUCGGGGACCCUCAGGGACCCCUCAGGGACCCCCCAGAGACCCUCAGGGCCCCCCCCGGAGACCCUCGGGGACCUCAGGGGCCCCUCCAGAGACUCUUGGGGACCCUCAGGGACCCCCCCCAGAGACCCUCAGGGGCCCUCCGUGA